AUGUCAGUCGCGCGGGUUUUGGUCAUUGCGGGAUCAGACAGCUCCGGUGGCGCGGGUCUGGAAGCGGACCAGAGGGUCCUGGCUGCACAUGGCUGCUAUGCUCUUACGGCCACGACUGGUCUCACAGCCCAGAACACUUUGGGCGUGCAAGACAUCUUUGUUGUCCCCGCAGAGUUCGUGAAAAAGCAGAUCAAUGCCGGCCUGGAAGAUGUUGGCGCGGAUGUUGUUAAGUUGGGGAUGCUUUCUUCUGCAGAGACCAUCGAUGUCAUUGCUGAAGCAUUGACCGUGCACCAAGUGCCUGCGGUGGUGCUGGAUCCGGUUAUGGUCUCUACUAGUGGGUCACGUCUAUUACCUGAAGCAGCCAUUAAAGGUCUGCGCACAAAGCUUCUUCCCUUGACAACUGUUCUCACCCCCAACAUUCCCGAAGCCGUGCUGCUACUGAAAGAUGCCGGUGUGGACGUCCCAGAGCCGACAGAUCUCCCUGGUCUCAUCCAACUCGCGAAGCAGGUCUGCUCCUUGGGUUCCAAGGGUGUCCUGCUCAAGGGCGGACAUUUGCCGCUCACCGGUGAUAACCGGACCGCGCAGAAUCAUGAACAAGCCUCGAAGGUUAUUGAUGUGUUUUUCGAUGGAGAAGACAUUACCUUGUUUGAGACUGACUAUCUGAUAUCGAAGAAUACUCACGGCACUGGCUGCUCACUUGCCUCGGCCAUAUCGGCCAAUCUCGCCCAUGGUAAGGAUAUGAGGCGGGCAGUUCAGAGCGCGGUUCGUUUUGUUGAGGCAGGUAUCAAGACUAGCAUUGAUCUCGGAAAGGGCAGUGGACCGAUUAAUCACUUUCAUUCCUUUUACUGUCUACCAUUUUCUCCCGGACAUUUUGUAGAAUAUGCUCUAGACCGUCCUGACGUCCAACCAGCGUGGAAGCGUUUCACCGAGCACGAGUUUGUCAAGAGGAUGGGAGAUGGCACACUUUCAGAGGAAAGAUUCAAGUCAUAUCUCGUGCAAGACUAUCUUUACUUGGUGCAAUUUGCCCGGAGCAACGCCCUAGCUUCAUACAAAGCUGGAGACAUGGAGUCCAUUGCUGCGUCAGCCAAGAUUGUUCUUCACAUCCAACGUGAGACCGCGUUGCACCUCGAUUACUGUGCGUCCUUUGGCCUUUCGAAAGAGCAAAUGGAGAGCACCCCGGAAACCAUUGCAUGCACCGCAUACGGCCGGUAUAUCCUUGAUAUCGGACAAUCACAGGAUUGGCUUGCAUUGCAGGUGGCCCUUGCACCCUGCUUACUCGGAUACGGGGCAAUUGCACAGAGGUUGUACAGCGACAAGGAGUCUCUCCGCGAGGGCAACCGGUACUGGAAGUGGAUUGAGAACUAUGUGGCGGAGGACUACACCGAAGCCGUGCGCUUAGGAUCUGAACUACUUGAGACGCAUAUGCGACAGGUUUCGCCCAGUCGAGUGGAAGAAUUGAUCAAGAUCUUCAUACGAGCGACAGAGUUGGAGAUUAGCUUCUGGGACAUGGGACUGGGUGGCAAACAUUUGUAG